CUAUCAUUAUAUCGCCUUAUCCACCCGGCAUGUAAACAAGCACAAACCUACGGGGCUUCUCUUCAACAAGCUUCUUGUCCCGUCUCCUAUCUCUACUUUUUUGGUUUAUGCUUAUAUACUUUCACAUUAAUUAAGUCCAGUGGACUCGACCCGGAAUAUUUUAAAAAGAAAGACAGAAAGAAAGAAAGGAGUUCAAUUUCCUUCCCUUAUGAAUUUAUUCAACAGCAGGUCAGAUGGGUGAUCUCAAAGCCCGCAUCAAGGCCAAGCUCCUGCGAAGACACAGCGCAGCUCCUACGUUGGGUUCGAGCAAGCCGAGUCUUGGCCAGGAUAGGGCUUCCAGCAGCACACGUACGCGAACUUCUACUACGGGCUACGCGGCUUCGUUGAGUACGGCUGCUACCAACGAUGAUAGACCGAGUGAUAGUUCUAUUCGUUCCGAUGAUAGUCCACCGAAGAAGAUUGGAAAUGGGUUUGGUGUUGAUGUUGGUGUUUUAGUCCCAAUGACAGUUCCGGUUCGAAUUCCGAGUCAAGCCCAAACCCAAGACCGAAACCAAGACCGAGACCGAGAUCAAAAUCGGGAUAAAGCUGAGACGGUUCCACCAGAGCUAGAGAAGCAACUAAACCUAGCCGGCAACUCUAAUGUGAAUAACACUAACACUCAUAAUACUCAUAAUACUCAUAAAGCUUUCAAAACUGUGGCUGUGGCUACAAAUUUGGACGGGGAUGUGGAUGUGGAUGCAAAUGCAAAUGGGGAUUUGAGUGUUAAUGUUAACAAUGUUAACAACUUGACCCCAUCUUCUUCUACCACCUCUAAGACUGGCAAGGAUCUGCAAAUUUCUACAAUCAAUUCAGCGCCUAUUCCCGAUGUCACUGCGCCCAUCUUAAGCCUUGAUCUAAACAAUACAAUCUCGACCGCCGCCACACCAUUACCAUUACCACUACCGAGUAUCAAUGAACACCCUGCCGCCGCCUCCUUCCUACAGCUUAAGCCACGCAUCAUAGACCAAAAUCAUCAUCAUCAUCAUCAUCAACAAAAACACCAACUUCAACAUCGCGAUAAUAUCAACGACAAUAAUAACGAUAACGACAACGAAAAUAAUACUACUGACAACAACACAAACGAUUAUCUCCAUCUACCUAUAUCUUCUAGCCGCGCUCUAUCACCUUCAAUACCCUUGUCUCGACCUACAGGGCCGCCAAGACGACAGAGCAUUCUCCCGAGCCUCCAAACUACCUUGAUCAAAACUCUCCUCCACACAGGCAACGCAGGCAACACAGGCAACACAGGCAACGCAGGCUAUGCCAGCAGCGAAGUAGGUCAAGGCGAAGUCGAUCAACUUCUACCUAUUAGCGGAAAUAUGGUUACCAGAAAAGUAUGGGUUAAAAGGCCGCUGGCCUCUCCUACAUUGAUCACCAUAAAUGAGGAGGAUUUAGUUGACGAUGUUCGCGAUAUGAUCUUGCGAAAAUAUGCAAAUUCCCUAGGGCGCCAAUACGACUCCCCGGACCUAACGCUUCGUAUAUGUGAUAGGGAACAACAGACGAGUAGAACUCUACAACCAGACGAGCCCAUGGGUAGGACUCUCGAUGCCUACUAUCCUGGUGGCCAGUCCGUCGACGACGCCCUCUUAAUCGAUAUACCAAGCCGUCGAACGCCUAAAGCGUCUCCGAAUCCUAGAUACUACGCCGACGACCGGCCUCACGAAUCCGCAACUGAUUAUUUUCCACCUUAUCCUCCUGCGGCUCAACACGCGAAUAACGCCUCGACAACAGUUCUCAACGGCACUCACCAACUUCACUUUCCUCCCUCUUUAACCGUUAUCAAUGGGGGCCAGCUACCGCCGUUACCGUCUCCCGGCGGGACGAGACGACUCGGAGCUUCAAGACCUAAAAUCCAGAGGAUGCACACUGCAUCACCGGUUUCUACCGUUCCGAGCGGUCUUGCUUCGCAACCCGCAGCGCCGCCUAUCGGUAUGCACAAUUACCCAAGACAACCGCGCUCAAGGACUCAUUCAGGUGCAUCUUCAGAACAAUCCAAUCACCCGCCUGCCGCUCCCGCGAUCCCGACUCCCCCCAUCCCAGAACGCACCGCCACUCCGCCUCCGCCUCCGCGCGUCUCCUCGCCGCGACUCGUCAACCGGCCUAAGAAGAAGAAACCUAUCGAACACCCUCUGCUGCCACCGGGCAUGCUGAAUGGCGGCGUCCCGCCUAUUAACGUCCUCAUCGUCGAAGACAACAUCAUCAAUCUAAAGUUGCUAGAAGCCUUCGUUAAGCGAUUAAAAGUCAGGUGGCAGACAGCCAUGAACGGUAGAGAGGCAGUGAAUAAAUGGCGCGCCGGCGGGUUCCAUUUGGUUCUGAUGGAUAUUCAAUUACCCGUCAUGAGCGGUCUCGAGGCCACCCGCGAGAUUAGGAGAAUAGAGAAGGUCAACUCGAUCGGCGUGUUCUCCUCGUCCGCCAGCAGCCCUCCAGACGAGAUUAAGGCAGAACCUGCAGAGGAAGAUAAGCUCGUCAACACGGAGAUGUUUAAGAGUCCCGUCAUCAUCGUCGCUCUUACGGCCAGCUCCCUACAGAGCGACAGACAUGAGGCCUUGGCUGCUGGUUGUAACGAUUUCCUAACCAAGCCCGUCAACUUCGUCUGGCUCGAGCGGAAGGUGAUGGAAUGGGGCUGCAUGCAGGCUCUGAUCGACUUUGACGGGUGGAGGAAGUGGAAGGACUUCUCGCAGAAAGCCGUAGAGGACGACUCCAAGAAGGCGGCGGCUGCUAAAAACGCUAAGGCCCCUAAGAAGAACCGGCUGUCGAUGACGGCCGCCGCUUGAGAUUCUGCGCCUUACAUCUCUUGAUCGUGCAGGUCUCCGCGAGGCACACGACACUCUUUUCUAUUUUUAUCUUCUCUCCUUACUACUAUCCUCUGUAUUAUUUCUCGGCGCGCCCUGCCGCACCGCGCCGCGCCGCUACCUAUUACUACGUGGGCACGUAUACGGAAAGUAACUAUAGUUAACUAUAUUCUACCUAUAUUGGAAGGACAGAGGUACAGAAAGAGGGAGAAAGAGAGCGUGUACCAUUCUUCUUAUUAUCAUCACCUACUAUCUAUCUAUCUAGCUGAACUGGCGCUGGUGCGGGAUUUUGGGAUUUACGAGGCCAUGGCCAAGGUACACGGAUGAGGCAAUGAAAACGAAUCUUUGGCGGAAAAGGGGGGUUAGGACUGGUAAACGUGUUCAGUCAGAAUGAAUGAUACCACAUUGCGUAUGUACAUUACGCACAACGUAACUUCUCGGGUCCGUCUAUAGGUUUUUUUUCUAGGUAGUUUUCUGGCUGCUAUUAUGCAUCUGUGUUUCGUGAUUUACUUACUGGAAUAACGGCUUGUUUGCUAUACCCCCCCAUUCUACGGCCUUUCGUAUAAGCAAGGUAAAUCCUAGCCGUCUCGACAAGUAUUUUAUUGUAUUCACAAACAUACCUCUCACACAAGCAAGUA